AUGGCUCCUAAGGUCCUCGUUGUUUUGACCUCCCAAGAUACAAUUCCAGCUAAUAACCACCCCACGGGCUGGUAUUUGCCUGAAUUUGCACACCCAUGGGAAGUACUCCACAGGAAGGUGGACCUCGUUAUUGCCUCCCCCAAUGGCGGUGCUGCCCCUCUGGAUCCAUCCUCGGUCAAAGCAUUUGAGAAUGACCCGGUCUCAUCCAAGUUUGUCAAGGAGCAGGAGUCCCUGUGGAAGAACACCGAGAAACUGUCCGACUUUCUUCCCCGUGUCGGGGAAUUUGAUGCGAUCUUCUAUGUUGGAGGUCACGGACCAAUGUUUGAUCUUGCUACAGAUCCAACGUCUAUUGCUCUAAUCCAAGCGUUUGCUGUGGCUAAGAAGCCGGUAUCUGCCGUCUGCCAUGGCCCCUGCGUGUUUGUCAACGUCACCUCUCCUUCAGGCACCCCAUUGCUUGCCUCCGCUGCGGUGACCGGAUUCUCAAAUGCGGAAGAAGACCAAGUGAACAUGAGUCCUCUCAUGCCAUUCAUGCUUGAAGAUGAACUGCAGCGCGCCUCAGGUGGUCACUAUGUCAAGGCAACCGAUCCAUGGGCCGAGAAGGUAGUAGUUUCCCAAAUUGCUGAACUAGGAGGAACAGUGAUCACCGGCCAAAACCCGGCCAGUGCAACGGGGGUUGGAAAAGCAUUGCUGGCAGCAUUGGGA